ACAUGGAUCUCAGUCUAUAUAAUACAACACCGCUCAAUUCCGAUUUGCUUGUGUACGCUUGACUAAGACAAAACCUAAGGAAAGCUUUUAACAGGUCCUAACAAAAUAAUAGUUCGACACAGACGAUGGAGACCAUAAAGGAGAUGAUUCCAUUCGCUAAGGAGAUGCUUAACCAGAGGCCCAGUCGAGGCAUGAUGAAAGUGUACCUGGUGGGUUCCACACUGGCGUUGUUUGGAGUGGUCGGCGGGCUCGUGGAAACAGUCUGCAUGCCGUUUUGUGAACAGGAGCCAUUGGACGAGGAAAUGACCAAGCUGAUCACAGAGGAGAAGAGGAGGCAAGCGCUGGAGCUGGACAUAACCACCGUUGAGGCGGAUGUCGUGGAUGAGAUGCAAACCGAGACUGACGCUAAGAAGCCACAGGAAGGUCGUCAGAGGAGGGCCUCCAUUAGGUCACACGCUUGCUGAAGAUGCAUCACAACUGCUUCUGUCUGUACGCGCUCACAGACCUGACACCCAGAACACGCGUGGUGUAUUGAACGAGAUUGCACUUUGCACACUUUUGUCAAGAUAAUUUGGCCAUGUUUAGGGAUCCCUUGCAAUGAUGAAGGGACUGAAUGGAUGGAUGGAUGAAUGUAUGGGGGGACGGAGCAAAGCAACAACAGUUUACAAGGAUGACUGGCUGCAGGGCAGCAGUAGCUCUGUGACUGACUGAGACUGAGACAAUUUGUGUUUUGUUUUGGCUACCUAAUAAACCUAUUUUAUGUUA